AUGGGGAAGAAUAUUUUGGAAAUUUCUAAUAAAGUACUGGUAGAUGGAUUAGAUGAAAAUAUAUCAAAAGAAGCUAUUAUUCGUCAUUUUGAAAAAUUUGGGAAUGUCGAAAGUUGUCAAUAUAUUCCAAUAAUGUAUUUUGCAAUUGUUUCAUUUUCUGAAGGUGGAAUAGUUGAAUCUAUAUUAAGAUCCCCUCAUGUUAUUAUGGGUAAAGAAGUAAACUGUCGAUUAUAUUAUGACAAGCUAGAAGAUCUAACUGCUGAAAAUACCCAAGGUACAAUGUUUCGUACCGAAAAGAUUUUUGUAGGUAAUUUACCUACUACAUGUUCACAAGAUAUAUUGCGAAGAUAUUUUGAGCAGUUUGGGCAAAUUAGUGAUUGUGUAAUGAUGUGUGAUAAGAAAAGCGGUGUUGGGAGAGGAUUUGGAUUUGUGACUUUUACAAGUACAAGUAUCGUGGAUGAUAUUAUUAGAGCCUAUGAUGAGCAUUACAUAGAUGGACAGUGGGUUGAAGUGAAGAGAGCUAGUCCUGAAAAUGCAUUAAGAAGUAAUAUGAAUAAUGGAAACAAUAUGGGUUCAGGGACUUUAAUACGUGAAAAAUCUUCAAAUAUUAUUAAAAGUUUUAAUUCUAAUAUAUAA